AUGUGUUUCCUGUAUACAAUAUCGUCUAUCGUCCUUUCUUGUAUCUUCUUGCUUUGUCUUCUUUCUUCGGUUUCUUUUGGAGAUGAGACGGAUCACUUGGCUUUGCUCUCGUUCAAGAAACAUAUAACAUCCGACCCACAUCAAAUCAUGCCUUUGUGGAACGACUCGAUUCACUUCUGCAACUGGACAGGUAUCGUGUGUGGUCAGCGCCACAGGAGAGUUGUCAUCCUUGAUUUGCCUUCUCUUGACUUUUCUGGUUCAAUAUCACCUGCAGUUGGGAACAUGACAUUCAUUAGGAGGCUUAUCCUAGACAACAAUGGUUUAACAGGAAACAUCCCACAAGAGGUUGGCAGGUUAUCAAGAUUAAGGUGGCUAUUACUUUCGAACAAUUCUCUGUCAGGUGAAAUUCCAUCUAAUAUAUCUCGGUGUCUAAAUCUUGUACACCUAUAUCUGGGUGGGAACAAUUUCACUGGUGUUAUUCCUAACGAGUUCGAAUCAUUGACUAAGCUUCAAAACGUAAUCCUCCACUACAAUGAACUAACAGGAGAAAUACCCAAGUUUAUUGGAAACUUUACGUCCCUUGAAGUUAUUUCUGGAGCUGGAAAUCAUUUCCAUGGAAACAUUCCAGAUACUCUAGGUCAAUUGUCCAAUUUGUUCUUUUUUGGGUUUGCAGAGAGUAACCUUUCGGGAAUUUUACCUCUGUCGUUUUUCAAUAUUUCAUCCUUGACGACCAUAGAUUUGCUUGGCAAUCAGAUUGGGGGGGAACUGCCAUCAGAUAUCGCACAAAAGUUUCUAGGACUAAAUUUACUAAACCUUCCAAAAAAUAAGUUUUCUGGACCAAUUCCAAUCUCGUUAUCUAAUGCCACGAAUCUUGAACACCUAGCACUCGAUGAAAACGCAUUUACUGGAAGUGUGCCGAAUUUUUAUGGGCUACAAAGAUUGAGGCAUUUUGCUGUUAAUGCUAAUCAACUUGGGAAUGGGAAAUCUGAUAACUUAAACUUUGUCUCCUCUUUGACAAACUGUACCAAAAUAAUACGGUUGGGUUUCGGUGAAAACAAUCUUGGAGGAGUCUUGCCAAAAUCAGUAUCUAACUUUACUCUACUUACAGAACUCACAGUAGAAGUAAACUUGAUUUCUGGAAAUAUCCCAUCUGAGAUUGGGCAACUAGUUAACCUCCGGAGAUUGUUUCUGUCCUACAACCAAUUCAUGGGCAGAAUUCCGGAUUCAAUUGGGAAUCUCAGAAAUCUCGGAGUCUUAGAUCUUAGUGAAAACUUAUUAUCAGGUUCUAUACCGUCGUCAUUUGGAAAUCUCACACUAUUGAGCAGGCUCUACUUAGAGGUUAACAAACUAGAGGGUGUUGUACCAUCUGGUUUAUCAAACUGUAAGGGAUUACAGCUUCUGGAUCUUUCUACAAAUAAUCUAAGUGGUUACGUACCCAAAGGAAUUUUUGGUCUAUCUUCCUUGACAAUUUCCCUAAAUCUUUCCAACAACCAUUUUGUGGGUUCUCUUCCUACCGAAGUAGGCGCCUUGCAGAAUCUGGUAGCCUUGGAUGUUUCAAACAAUAUGAUCUCUGGGGUAAUUCCAUUUAUUCUUGGAACUUGCACGAGUUUGGUUGCAUUAUCCAUCGCAGGGAACACCAUUGAAGGAGAAAUUCCAACAUCAUUUAGCUUGUUGAGAGGACUAGAAGUACUCGACCUUUCCCGCAACAAUUUAACUGGGAGAAUCCCCGAGUACCUGGGAGAUUUUGUGUUUUUCGAAACCUUAAAUUUAUCUGUAAAUGGUUUUGAUGGAAAUUUGCCGGUACAAGGAGCUUUCAAAAAUGCAAGCACGGUUUCCAUCUAUGGAAAUGCAAAGCUUUGUGGUGGUUUACCCGAAUUUCAGUUGCCCAAGUGUUCCCUUGAAGAAUCAUCAAAGAAAUCCCAGUUUCCUCUAUUCUUGAUGAUAAUUAUACCAAUAAUUAGCGUSRUWUUUGUCCUAAUUUUGGUGGUUAUAUUGUGUUUUGUUUGCAAACGCAAAAAGGCUUCGACAGAAAAUGGUUCAGAAGAUGAAAAUUUCCCACGAGUGUCAUAUCAAAGCUUACAUGAAGCGACAGAUGGGUUUUCUUCGGCAAACUUGAUAGGUUCUGGAAAAUUCAGCACUGUGUAUAAGGCGAUUCUGCAUAUGAAAAAUGAACCACAAGUUGUAGCUGUGAAGGUACUAAAACUUGCAGUUCAAGGUGCUGACCGUAGUUUUAUUGCAGAAUGUGAAGCUUUGAGAAUCAUCAGACAUAGGAAUCUUGUGAAAGUCGUAACUGCUUGUUCGUCUCUUGAUUUUCAAGGGAACGAUUUCAAGGCUCUUGUUUAUUCUUAUAUGGUCAAUGGGAGUUUGGAAGACUGGUUGCAUCAGAAUCCGGUUGUUGGUCUAAACUUUUUACAGCGGUUGAACAUCGUGAUAGAUCUCUCUGGGGCCCUCGAUUAUAUUCAUCGCCAGUGUGGUACAUUGAUGAUUCAUUGUGAUAUCAAGCCCAGUAAUGUUUUAUUGGACACUGAAUUGGUUGCUCAUCUUAGUGAUUUCGGGUUGGCUAGAUUUGUUCAUCCUGAUUCUUCUACAAGCCACACCAGUUCUCUUGGAAUAAAAGGAACAAUCGGAUAUGCGGCUCCUGAAUAUGGAAUGGGAAGUAAGGUGUCAACUUAUGGCGACGUCUACAGCUUUGGAAUCCUCAUACUGGAGUUGUUUACCGGCAAUCGUCCUACUGACGAAAUGUUCAGUAACGGUCUUAGUCUUCAUGGUUUUGUGAAGAUGUCUAUACCGGAUCGAGUUACGGAGAUAACUGAUCCGGUCCUUUUCAAAACUAGACAAGAGGAAAAUAUGGCUACAGAUGCACGUGAUUGUGAAAUGUAUCGUCCAAUCGAGGAGUUCUUGACUUCUGUUUAUGGAAUUGGGACCGCUUGCUCCAUGGAAAUACCUGGAGACCGGAUAGAAAUAAGCAAUGCGUUGGAUCAACUGCAAUCCGUCAAGAAAACUUUUCUUAAAGGCAGAGUAUCUAUACUUUAA